GCUUUCUUCUUAACUUUUUGCUCGGCCAUUGAAUUGCCCAUUUUCGCUUUUGUUAACUUGUGAGAGAAACACACACAUGGUGGUGCAUUUUGGGUCUUCCCACCAACUUCUGCCGCGAAAACCACCAACAUUUUUUGGGGAAGAAGAAGCUAAAAUGCCUCCCCGGUAUUUUCCGCUUCGUUGGGAGAGCACUGGAGAUCAAUGGUGGUACGCGUCGCCGAUUGAUUGGGCAGCGGCGAACGGUCUCUACGAUCUGGUAGCGGAGCUUCUCCACCUGGACACCAAUUUGCUCAUUAAGCUCACCUCACUUCGUCGAAUCCGCCGCCUCGAAACCGUUUGGGACGACGAAUCUCAAUUCGAAGAUGUCGCUAAAUGUCGGUGUCACGUCGCGAGGAAUCUUCUUCGCGAAUGCGAAACGGGGAAGGGACAUAACUCUCUUAUUCGUGCUGGUUAUGGUGGGUGGUUGCUUUACACUGCUGCGUCUGCCGGAGAUGUGGGUUUUGUUCAGGAAUUGUUAAGGAGAGACCCAUUUCUGGUGUUCGGAGAAGGAGAGUACGGAGUCACUGAUAUACUGUAUGCUGCCGCUAGAAGCAAGAACUGUGAGGUCUUCAAGAUUCUUCUUGACUCUGCACUUUCUACUAGAGAUUGCAGUGUCACUGAAGCAGACUUGGAUGAGAAUGGUAGGAUUUUCAAGAGGGACAUGAUGAAUAGGGCCAUUCAUGCUGCAGCGAGAGGAGGGAAUUGGGAGAUAUUGAAGCAGCUUCUUGGAAGUGACUCUGACAUUUUAGCUCUUAGAGAUUCACAAGGAUCCACAGUUUUGCACGCAGCAGCUGGUAGAGGGCAAGUUGAGGUGGUGAAAAAUCUACUAGAAUCAUCAGAGAUUAUCACCUCAACUGAUGUACAAGGGAACACAGCCUUACACGUGGCUUCUUACAGGGGUUACUUGCCUGUGGUAGAGAUCUUGAUUCUUGCGUCUCCCGAAUCAGAAGUGUUAACCAAUCACUAUGGAGACACUUUUCUUCACAUGGCAGUGGCUGGUUUCAGAAGUCCAGGUUUCCAAAGACUGGACAAGCACACAGAGCUAAUGAAGCAAGUUGUUAGUGGGAAGAUGGUGAACAUAAAGGACAUCAUCAAUGUCAGGAACAAUGAAGGAAGAACAGCUCUUCAUGUAGCUGUCAUUGAUAACAUCCAAUGUGAUGUAGUGGAAAUGUUAAUGUCUGUCCCGUCCAUUGAUUUGAACAUUCGUGAUGCUGAUGGCAUGACUCCCCUGGAUCUUCUGAAACGAAGACCUCGAUCAGCAUCCUCUGAGAUUUUGAUCAAGCAAAUGAUUUCAGCUGGAGGAAUAUCUAGUUAUCCUGAUUAUUUGGCUAGAAAUGUACUUCGUUCCCAUCUGAAAUCCCACAGCAUUGGAAGGAGUCCUGGGACUUCUUUUAGAAUCCCAGAUGCAGAGAUAUUUCUCUACACCGGGGUCGAUAAUGCAUCAUCAGAAAUCAACUAUGAUCAAGCAAGUGUAAAAUCUAAUUCCUAUUCUGGUGAACUCAGCACUAGUGGGUCAGCCAACUCCCCGUAUGACAAGUCUGGUUCUGUUAAGUUCACUCCAAGGCGCCUAAAGUUUUUUCUGCGGUGGCCUAAAAAGAAAGAUAGAGAAGCCGGUGCCUCAAAGCUGGAAGAUGAAGAAGAUACUUUUUCAUUAUAUUCUUUCAGUUCAAGGAAAAACAUGGAAAACAUCCCAAUUCCAUUACGGCAAAGAUACUUAAAUUUCUGUUCUCUUCCAAACAACAAAAGAACACUAUCUGUCAGGACUUAUUUCCCAAGUCCAUCCACCAAAGAGAAAUUUACUGCAGGCCUAACACAAGGCGUAAUCCAGGUAAACCCAUUUCUGGAACUUCCCGAUCCUUUUCUCAAAUCAUCUGUGGCUUCAGUUACUUCCAUUGAUGAGCAAAGAGAUGUUAAUAUCAUGGGACCCUCUUGCUCCAAUCGAUCCAUAGAUGAAGGUACACUAAAACCCAACCAUAGACAGGGUUCGUUCAGAAAGAGAUUGAUGAAUAAAUAUCUAUCUUUUGGAGCACAAGGCCUGGGCAUGGAAGAUUCAAAUAGCUGCACAAUUUCAUCCCGUAGUUAUAAUCGUUUCAGUUUUUUAGUUGCUUAAAUGUUAAUAUACUAGUGCCAACACUAUAGUGGAUUGUCUCUUAGCUAAUGCUUGCUUGUUUGUGUCAGUUCAUAUAAAAUAUGUACCCUAAUAUUGUUGUUUGUAUCAUCUUCUGGUUUGUUAUUUAUUGGUUUAGUUUUUCUAGCUUACCCAGAAACAGUCCACCUGAAAUUUCCUCUUGUAUAAUUGAAAAGCCAAGUAAUCUGGAUUCUCUACUCUUCUUCGUUCUCUA